UUACUAGCUCAGAUUCGGCGCGCCUAUUCUGCGUCACGUUUCCUAGCAACCAAGUUCCAACUGCUUUCAAAUAAAAACAAAAUAUUUUUUUUCUGUUACUUUUUAUGGUUUGUUUUAAAAAUCAUGACAAAAAAAAAAACAAAAAGGUUGUCGUUUUCUGUGUAGUCUACGAUUAAAAGUGAAAUUAGGAAAAAACACGCUGCUGUUCCUGCAGCUUCUCCGGGGGACGUGUAGUUCGAAGGCAGUUAUAUUAUUACCGUUUUAUUUCAAUAGACACGAGUUUUUAAAACAAUUUAAAUUUAGAAAUACGCAGAAUAUAUUCUAAGUGAAUCCCGUAUCGGUGCCUUGUGGUUAAAAGAGGGUAAAAGCUGUGAUGACUCAGGCCAGUAGGAGAGCUCUCGCGGACAAGACGCAGGCGCUGAAGGUGUGUGGCAAGCAUCUCAAGCCAGGCGGAGACUGGGACACACACGACGCACCCACCCUGCUGGACUGCCAUCGCACCUGGAGCCGCAGUGGCAGGACACAGCCACCGGAGGGCGCUCUAGCCCGCAGGGUGAGGAGACGCAGGACGCGGAAAGAGCGGAGCUUGGCGAGGAGAAGCAGGGCGCUGGGGCUUGAGGACCGCCCGCACUGUCGCCCCCGGCCCCCCCAGCCUCACAGAGACCGCCGCGGGGGGCGGGGUCACGCCUGCGCCUGCUGCCGCAGCUGCCGGGGUCCCCCCCCCAGAGAGACGGCGUUCGCCAGGACCUUGCCCCGCCGGGACCCCCUCGUCAUCACGGAGCACCGGCUGACCGGACACCGCGGGCUCUUCAACCGCGAGGUCAAGUCGCUGGACAUCGACCGCCUGCUGGCCACGGGGGAGAGGACAGAGGGCAGCGGUGACCCCCACUCUGCCCCCCUCUCCGCUUCUCCCUCCCUUGAGCCCCCCCCAGUCGACGCUCCACCGAGGGACGCUCUCGCCGAGGCAGAAGGCGUGGGCACCCCUGGGUCUCGCCACCAGGAGGCGCCGUGCAGGCCCACGGGGGACAGGGGGCUGUGUGGCUCACAGGAGAGGGACGCGGUCCACCCAGACAGCGCGGCAGCAAGGCCGCAGGCUGGUACCAGCCGGGGUUCGAGAGCCGAGCCAGGAGACAGCGAGAGUGAGGCUCCGCCUGACCCCGGGGGAGACCCCGGCGCCGGGAACGAAGCCCGGACCGAGCUGAGCUGCAGGCUGGAUCCCCUCCAAUCACACGGCACCGCAGGAAGAGUGGAGUGCUGCCCCAGCACACCUGAGGCGCAGUCAGGGGAGACCGGAGCCCGCCAUCAGACAGCACUAGCCGCUCCGACGAAAGCCCAGUCAUGUGACUGCCAGUCGCGGUCCGAUCCCCUGGCCAGGGAGAGCCGUCUGCACGCGGCGAUGGAGGCGGGUGUCAGCGGCGCUACGCCCGAGGAGAGGAACCCCAUUUCUGCCCUGGCCUUGCAGCUCUGCCAGGGGCUGGACCUGCGCCCCCUCCAGCAAGGGGGGAGCCUGCUGCAGGAGCAGAGGGAGGGGCUGCAGCGCUUGCUGUGGCAGCAUCAUGGGCAGCGGCUGGACCUGCACCUGCUGGCAGUGCGCAGGAGACUGAGCUACGCAGACUCCAGCUCUGAACCCUUGGCUGGCAGUUCUGGAACAAAGCCAGACCUUCACCCCACCAGACCUGACCCGGCCUCAUCCCGCAAGAGAAGGAGGAAGCAGGACGUCCCAAAGAAAGUGGAGACUUUGCCGUUUCUUGCUGAGGCAUCACAGCAAGGGCCGGCAUACAGCGAGGACAGAGACAUGGCUGUGCCGUGGAGCAGGAGCGGCAGUCCAGUGCAGACUAGGGGCUCCUCCGCGGGGCCCCUGCCAGACCCCGACACAGCCAGCUCCCCCAUCUUUUUCUCGGACUUCACCCCGUCCCCUCCCUUCCUCCUGUUCCCUGCUGGAGACAGCGCGGCGCCCGAGGGCCUGGGGGGGCCUUCAGAGCAGGCUGAAGGCAGCACAAGGGGGGCAGGGGGGCACUUCGGGGCUCCGGAGCGCCGCAGCCCGCAGCAUCGCGCUCGCCGCUCCUCGAUCAGACAGGCCUGCGGGGCGCCCUGUCCCCUCUCUCCUGCCCUGCCUCUAGGGGGCGCACCGGGCCGAGGGGACACAGCCGCGCAGUGGCUCGAUCGCGGAGGCUGUCUUCCUGCUGGGGCGCGCAGGCACCACUCUCGCCAGAAGCCCCUCCCCAGAAUCGAGAUCCUGGCAUCGCAGUCCUGGCAGUCGCAGUCCGGGCAGUCGCAGUCCUGGCAGUCGCAGUCCGGGCAGUCGCAGACCUGGCAGUCGCAGUCCUGGCAGUCGCAGACCUGGCAGUCGCAGUCCGGGCAGUCGCAGACCUGGCAGUCGCAGACCUGGCAGUCGCAGUCCGGGCAGUCGCAGUCCUGGCAGUCGCAGUCCUGGCAGUCGCAGACCUGGCAGUCGCAGUCCGGGCAGUCGCAGUCCUGGCAGUCGCAGUCCUGGCAGUCGCAGACCUGGCAGUUGCAGUCCGGACAGUCGCAGUCCUGGCAGUCGCAGUCCUGGCAGUCGCAGACCUGGCAGUUGCAGUCCGGACAGUCGCAGACCUGGCAGUCGCAGUCCUGGCAGUCGCAGUCCUGGCAGUUGCAGACCUGGCAGUUGCAGUCCGGACAGUCGCAGUCCUGGCAGUCGCAGACCUGGCAGUCGCAGUCCGGACAGUCGCAGACCUGGCAGUCGCAGUCUGGGCAGUCGCAGACCUGGCAGUCGCAGACCUGGCAGUCGCAGGGUUAG